AUGGCGGUUUCCUGGGGCACUAUCAAGUCCCUCCUCCUGUUCUUUGGACCCAUCCUGCUCCCAAAGGCCAUCGGCUACUAUCGCACCUUCCGCGCUGGUCCAGCAGCUCAGGGUCUCAGCAUCAAGCCGAUCCCACCAAAGGUCCAGCGCACGCUCUUCCUGCUCGGUCUCGCCACAGUCAUCUGUCUCGUACUCACCCUGCCCCCGUUCGCACCCGAGAACCUCUUUGUCCGGACGCAGUCGCGGCUCCAGAUCCCGACCGAUGUCUUAUUCACGCGACUCACGGCGCUCCGCCCGGGCAACGCGCUGAGCGACACGGACGCCGCCCUCCGCGCCAAGUUUGUCAACCUCGAGAGCCGCCUGCUGUACCUUCAGUACGGCCCCGGCGUCCUCGCCGACUGCCCCUUUUGCAACGCCGAGGACCCGCGCUCCUACCUCUACUAUGCCGUGCCGGGCGUGCUGGGCCCGCACCUCUUGAACCUCUUUGUGCUCUCGGUCGCGACCUCGGGCAUGCUGACGGGCUCCGACGGCACCAAGUGGCGCACGCCGGCCGUGCUGGCCAGCGCCGCCGCCGCCGCCCUCGACGUCUACCUCGUCAGCAGCUACAACCACCAGCAGAACGCGCGGGCGACGCGCCUCGCCGAGCUCGACAUGUUUUACUGGAGCAUGCGCCUGUUCCGCCUGACGGGGCUCGCGCUCCUCGACGCCGGCUUCGCCGCGCUGCUGUACCUGUCGUCGACGAACCGCGCCUUUGCCUCGCCGCCCGCCCCCGCCGAGCGCGUCGAGGCCACGGCCCGUCUGCUGCUCGCGGCCCGGAGCCGUCUCAAUGCCCUCGGAAUUGUCAAGAACACGGCCAUUCGCGACGAGGAGCUGCGCGCCCGCAUGCUUGCGUACUGGCAGCACGAGGGCCGGCUCAUGCGCGAGGUCAUGGAGGAGCGCGAGGUUGUUGAGGGCGUCAAUGAUGCGCUCAGCAACAGGAUCAACAUGGCCGGCAUUACUCAAGACGCCGAGGCUUAUGCUACCAAUAUUCUUCCCCUUCAUGAAAGGGCAUUGGAGCCAGUGUCUGUGGGCUGA